CAAGAUGGCGCCGGUGGGGGUGGAGAAGAAGCUGCUGCUGGGCCCCAACGGGCCGGCAGUCGCUGCCGCCGGCGACCUGACCAGCGAGGAGGAGGAAGGCCAGAGUUUGUGGUCCUCGAUCUUGAGCGAAGUGUCCACUCGCGCCAGGUCCAAGCUGCCGUCCGGCAAGAACAUCCUCGUCUUCGGUGAAGAUGGUUCUGGCAAAACCACUCUUAUGACUAAACUACAAGGAGCUGAGCAUGGCAAAAAAGGAAGAGGCCUGGAGUAUCUGUACCUCAGUGUCCAUGACGAGGACCGAGAUGAUCACACGCGCUGUAAUGUGUGGAUCCUGGAUGGAGACCUGUACCACAAAGGCCUGCUGAAAUUUGCUGUUGCGGCGGAGGCCUUGCCAGAGACCCUGGUCAUUUUUGUUGCGGACAUGUCUAGGCCUUGGACUGUAAUGGAAUCGCUACAGAAAUGGGCUAGUGUUUUACGGGAGCACAUUGAUAAGAUGAAAAUUCCACCAGAGCAAAUGCGAGAACUGGAACGGAAGUUUAUGAAAGAUUUCCAAGACUAUGUUGAACCUGAAGAAGGUUGUCAAGGCUCCCCACAAAGAAGGGGGCCUUUGACCUCAGGUCCAGAUGAAGAAAAUAUUGCCUUGCCUCUUGGUGACAAUGUCCUAACUCAUAACCUGGGGAUCCCAGUGUUGGUGGUGUGUACAAAGUGUGACGCGGUGAGCGUGCUGGAGAAGGAGCACGAUUACAGGGACGAGCACUUUGACUUCAUUCAGUCACAUCUUCGGAGGUUCUGCCUCCAGUAUGGAGCGGCCUUGAUUUACACGUCGGUGAAGGAAGAGAAGAAUCUCGACUUGUUGUAUAAGUACAUUGUUCAUAAAACCUACGGUUUCCACUUUACCACACCUGCCUUAGUUGUGGAAAAGGAUGCAGUUUUUAUACCUGCAGGCUGGGACAAUGAAAAGAAAAUAGCCAUUUUACAUGAAAAUUUCACCACCGUGAAGCCUGAAGACCCGUAUGAAGACUUUAUUGUGAGGCCUCCUGUGAGAAAGCUGGUCCACGACAAAGAGAUGGCAGCAGAGGACGAGCAGGUGUUCCUAAUGAAGCAGCAGUCUCUUCUUGCCAAGCAGCCAGCCACGCCCACGAGAGCCUCCGAAUCCCCUGCAAGAGGACCCUCUGGCUCUCCAAGAACCCAGGGCCGAGGAGGGCCAGCCACUGUGCCCAGCGCAUCCCCAGGCACAUCUGUGAAGAAGCCUGACCCAAACAUCAAAAACAAUGCAGCGAGUGAAGGGGUAUUGGCCAGUUUCUUCAACAGUCUGUUGAGUAAGAAGACAGGAUCUCCUGGAAGUCCUGGUGCCGGAGGGGUGCAGAGCACAGCCAAAAAAUCAGGACAGAAAACUGUGUUGACAAAUGUUCAAGAAGAACUGGAUAGAAUGACUCGAAAACCGGACUCCAUAACAAACUCUUCAACGGAAAACGAAGCCUGAUCUUCCUUCCAAAGUGCAUAUGUACAAUGACCAAAUAACUAUGUAUAUUGAUCUGCUAAGACCAGGAUUCUUCUGAUAUGGCACAUGCUAUCUAUCAGUUUUUUGGGGCAGGGGAGAUAACUUU